AGUAUUGUAAACAGGCAUAACACACAGUGCAAUGGUGGGCAAAGAUGCCAAUACACAAGAAAACUACACCAGGGCAUUACAAAUAACACACUCUUAACUACUAACAGACUAGUAACUAGUGCACGCAGAAUUCUGGGAAUUACAUACAACCAGGAACCGCACAACUCCCCUUUGCACAUAUUGUCAUACAUUUGAAGCCAUCUACUCUUAUAUGAAGUUAUAAAAGUGGACAUAUUUAGCUAGUGAUAGUGAAAAUAGCAACAACUUUCUUUCUGUCGGUUUACUUUGUAUGUCAUUUUUCGUAUGUCAUUGUAUUUAGUAUUUUUAGUCCCGUUUUCUUUAUGUGUGUCUAGGGGUAUCACCUUGAUGCAUCCAUUAAACUAACUCUAAUCUAUCGCUUUCUUUGAGACCGUCCCGACCACUCUCACGAUUCUGUGCCUGUAACCUUCAGAGAUGUGGCGAAUGGCUCUCACCGUCGGAACAAACAGCAUGCGGUGAUCACGACUCCCUUAUUUCGCUACCUAUCAUGCUAAUGAAACAUGUAGCUCCAUGUGGUUUUCAUACUCAUGAACUUUCAGACGAAUGUUUUCCAGGCUAUGUGUAUUGAGGUUCGAAUCCCAGUUAUGGUAAAGCAGGGGUAGACACUUGGUUGUGGUAUUGUUUGCCACCAGAAGAAAAGCAUCCCUAGCUUUAAGGUGAAUGGAGCUGGACCCCUUCACCUCCUGUCCUGACCACAGCACCAAGCUCCCCAUGUGCUAAUGAAUAUGCCUCAAGAGUGCCAUCAGAGGCAGAGGAGCUUUUAAAGAAACAGGAGGACUGAUCGUCAUCAUCCUCAUCUCCCAGACCGUCAGCAGGUCUGCAAGUCUGCCCUAUCCUGCAGGAUGGCCUCCUAUCUGGUCCCCUUCGACAGCCUGCUGUGUAUGCUGUUGGGCAUCUCCUUCACCGUGUGGGUCACUCUCCUCCUUGUCUUCAUCAUCGUGCCGGCCAUAUUUGGCGUGUCCUUCGGCAUACGACGUCUCUACAUGAACGCCCUGAUCAAACUGUUUGAGUGGGCUACUCUACGUAUGGAGAGGAGAGCAAGAGAGACGAACCAGGAACUCUACAAACCCUACAGUAACGGCAUAGGCAUCAUAGCUAAGGAGCUGGUGACUGUGGAACAGGAGAUUCAGGACUUGCGUAGCAACAGCUCCAGUGGCCCCAGCGCCGGCGGCAGUGGUGGCGGGGGUCCGGCGUCCUCGGCGGAGUUUGAGGUGGCAGACAUCUUUUCGUUCUGCCGGCGUGGCGUGGAGAGCAUCGUGGACGACGAGGUGACCAAGCGGUUCACACCCGAGGAGCUGGAGAGCUGGAACCUGUUGACCCGCAGCAACUACAACUUCCAGCACAUCAGCACACGCCUCACUGUCCUCUGGGGGCUCGGAGUGAUCAUCAGAUACGGCUUCCUGCUCCCGCUCAGGGUGACUCUGGCCUUCACUGGAGUGGGUCUGCUCGUGGUGCUCACCGCCCUUGUGGGCCUCCUUCCCAACAGCUGCAUGAAGAGCUACCUCAGUGAGAAGGUUCACCUGAUGUGUUAUCGGAUCUGCGUGAGGGCUCUGACUGCCAUCAUCACCUACCAUGACAGUGAGAACAAGCCCAGGAACGGAGGCAUCUGUGUGGCCAAUCACACCUCUCCAAUUGAUGUCAUCAUCCUGGCUAGUGAUGGCUGCUAUGCAAUGGUUGGCCAAGUGCACGGUGGGCUGAUUGGGAUCAUUCAGAGAGCCAUGGUCAAGGCCUGUCCUCACGUCUGGUUUGAGCGCUCCGAAGUCAAAGACCGCCACCUGGUGGCCAAAAGGCUUAGUGACCACGCGGCGGACAAAACCAAGCUACCUAUCCUCAUAUUCCCAGAGGGCACCUGCAUCAACAACACAUCCGUCAUGAUGUUCAAGAAGGGCAGCUUUGAGAUCAACUGCGUCGUCUACCCUGUAGCCAUUAAGUAUGAUCCUCGCUUUGGGGAUGCCUUCUGGAACAGCAGUAAGUUUGGGAUGGUCAGCUAUCUCCUGCACAUGAUGAGCAGCUGGGCCAUCGUCUGCAGCGUCUGGUACCUGCCCCCCAUGAGUAGAGAGGAGGGGGAGGAUGCCGCUCAGUUUGCCAACCGGGUCAAAUCUGCCAUUGCCAGGAAGGGAGGACUGGUGGACCUGCUCUGGGACGGUGGUCUGAAAAGGCAGAAGGUGAAGGAGGCUUUUAGGGAGGAGCAGCAGAAGCUCUACAGUAAAGUGCUGGUGGGCCUCCAGGAGGGAAGCGAGUACUGCUGCCACCAGGGCGGCGCUCUGGAGGACCAGGACUGCCCAUGUGACCAGACUGGACCUGCAGAAGACCAGCACUGCCCAUGUGACCAGACUGGACCUGCAGAAGACCAGCACUGCCCAUGUGACCAGACUGGACCUGCAGAAGACCAGCACUGCCCAUGUGACCAGACUGGACCUGCAGAAGACCAGGACUGCCCAUGUGACCAGACUGCACCUGCAGAAGACCAGCAGUGGCCAUGUGACCAGACUAGACCAGCAGAAGACCAGCACAGCCCAUGUGACCAGACUGGACCUGCAGAGGACCAGCACUGCCCAUGUGACCAGAUCAGCGCGGCAGAGGACCACGGGCACUCCUACGCCCAAAGAGGGACUAUGGAAGAUUGUGGGCAAUACUGCGACCAGGCUGGCACUGUUGAGGCUGAUGAGCAUUCUUAUGAGCACACUGACACUGUGCAGGACCCUAAGUGCCUCUGUGAUUGGACUGGCAGUGUGGACGAUGGUGGGCACUCCUGUGACUUGACUGACACUGGUGUGCAGGACUGUGGGCACUCUUUUAAACAGACUGCCAUUGUGGAGGAUCCUGGGUGCUCCUGAGAAUAGGCAGCUGGCACUGAAUGCUGCCACUGUGCCAAACAACUCUUAAUCUGACCAGACGGGUGUCUGCAACCCGGGAGUGGGGAACCCACAGCCAGCCUGGCCCAGAACGGAACCCCUGGGCGGGGUACCGCUCUGGGACGUUCCCCCCUAAGAGACUGGAGCCUGCUGGAGCUCUGGCUCUCUGCUGUCUUAAGUUGUCACGGGUCUCCUGAUUGCGUUUAAAGGAGUUUUUUGUUUGUGAAAUUUGUAUUUAGCGUUUUGCACACUUUGCACGACAAACACAGGGAUUAGUUUAUUUUAUUUACUUGAGGUUGUUCAGCUGAAGAAUGUUAUUAGCAUUAGUUUAUUUUAUUUCACUUGUUAAUAGUUGUUAGUUGUGUGAGGUUUACGGUUCUGCAUGUUCAGGUGUUGGGGGCGGGGGGUGAGAGAGGGUGAUGGGAGAGAAAUGAGGGAUGUAUUCAGGUGAAAGAAAUAAAGAAAAAGGAGAAUGAAAGAGGGAAGAAAGAAGGAAGAAUGCAAGGGAGGAGAUUACAGGGAUGACUGUUGGCCAGUGGCGCUAGCUCAGAACUGUGUGCAAGGUGUGUUUUGUUUGUUUAUUUUAAAAUAAAAACACCAUGUGUGCUCCUUUUUAAUUCUG